CGCCCUGUAGAUCUUGGUCGGACUGGAGGCGGGACCCGUUUGCAGGUCGGUCAUUGGAGUCAAGAAGCAAGCGACGAGAAAGAACCAAAGCCUCAGCAAAGGGAGUAGGGGGACGAGAGGGAUAGUGAGAGGGGAGAGAGGUGAGGGAUGGGGACGACGCUGCGGUACGCGAUGGUGUGCUCGUCGAACCAGAACCGGAGCAUGGAGGCGCACGCGCUGCUGAAGCGCCAGGGCUUCGACGUUUCUUCCUACGGGACUGGGGCGCACGUCAAGCUCCCCGGCCCCUCGCUGCGGGAGCCCAACGUCUACGACUUCGGCACCCCCUACAAGUUCAUGCACGAUGAACUCCGCCGCAAAGACCCCGACUUGUACAAGCGAAAUGGGAUACUGCCGAUGCUCAAGAGGAACCUCGGGGUCAAGAAUGCGCCGCAGCGGUGGCAGGACAACGCUGCUGAUGGCUGCUUCGACGUCGUUAUGACCUUCGAGGAGAAGGUCUUCGAUACCGUCAUCGAAGAUCUUAAUAAUCGGGAACAGAAGGUGAUAAGAAGUGUUCUGAUAAUCAACUUGGAAGUAAAAGAUAACCAUGAAGAAGCUGCCACUGGUGCCAAGCUCGCUUUAGAUUUGUGUCAAGAUAUUGAAUCUGCAGACUGCUGGGAAGAUGCAAUCGAUGACAUUGUUGUUGCAUUUGAGAGACAACAGAAGCGAAAACUACUCUACACCAUCUCAUUCUAUUAGAUGUGUAGUGGGUCUAUUAAACCUUCUGAAAGUGUAUUAGGUUGGCCGAAAUGAAAAGAAGAUUAAUCCUUAUCUCUUGCCUAAAUUUUGUUGGUUUUCAUGUAGUAGAACAUUCACAGCAUGACCCCUUGGUCCGGUAGGGUUCAGGUAGACCGAGCUAGGUUACAUCCAGCUACUUGUACAACAGACUGAUACGGUUUCACUUGGCCUGGGGGGAUGUGUUUGUACUUGUACUAUUUUCUGUUCUUGGGAUGACCCAAUUAUAUAAAAGAUUAUCUUAUAAGUUGCUAUGAAA